AAGCGAAAAUAGAGGAGACACACCCGCUUGGGACUCGCUUUUUUUUCUUAUAUAAUUUUGUUCUAUUCUGCUCUCUCUUUUUCUCUCUUACUUGUACAUCAUCUUUUUUCCCCUUUCAAAUCUUUCAUAUCAACUGUUAUAACCAACUUCGAUCCCAAUACAAACCAACAUAUUCAUGGCUUCCACAUUCACACCUCACUCUGACGAUGCAAUAGUCAUGAACACAAGUCGAAAAAACGCAACAUCCAAUGAAUCCAACUAUCUACAGUCUUUAGAUGCAGCGGUAACUUCUUUACCUCCAUUAUCGCAUCUACUCACUUCAGAGCAACAUGAGUUGGCUGCCGCUGCAGCUGCCGCUGCUGCGGCUGCUGUGGUUACUCCUGAACAACAGCACACAUCUGUACAUUCUCCAUUAUCCACAUCUUCCUCUGUAAAUAAUCUUCCUCGGUCGUUGGCUUAUGUCCCUCAACAAACCAAUGCUGCCAUGUAUUAUACACAAUCACCAUUAGUUCCCCCUACUAUCCCUUCAGCGAACAUGAUGAUGUCCUCACAAACAUCACAUCCCAACGAUGUGUUCCAUUUGGAUCCGCAGUUCCUGCCCUUGGAUGCCACUACCACAUCCAUGGCCACCAUCAACCCUUACCCUUCCAUUGCCCCAAGACGUGAACGGAACUCCAGUGUAUCCAGUACUGCUUCCUCUGAUACCAACAAAGUAUAUUCAUUUGUGGCCAUCCCUGGAACCAACCAAAAGAAGCGCCCAAGACGACGAUACGACGAAAUUGAACGAUUAUACCACUGCAACUGGCAAGGAUGCUCCAAAGCAUAUGGUACUUUAAAUCAUUUGAACGCGCAUGUAUCUAUGCAGAAACAUGGUCCAAAACGAUCACCAGCAGAGUUCAAGGAAAUGCGCAAGGAAUGGAGACGUCAAAAGAAAGAAAGAGAGGCGGCAAAGAAGGCUGCAGAUGAACAUAUGAAGAAGGAAAUUAUCCAUCAUCAUCAACAACAGCAACAGCAACAACAGUUUGCUGUUGCUGCCGCUGCUGCUGCCGCUGCUAUGCCAUUACAUCCAUUGCCACAGCAACUUGGCUCAUAUGGCAUGACGCAUCAUCAAAUCCCUUCACACGCUUCUCACUACCAACCCAUCAGCAUCUCGCCGAACUAUGGCAUGUCUCCAGGAUUACCUGGUUUUUACUAAGAACCACAGGGCUUAAAAAAAAUUGAUUUGUAAAAUUCAACUCUCAAACCACCAAAACCUUUUGCAAAUACCUUGCAGAAUAUACAUAUUUUUUUUUCUUUCUCUUUUUGCAAAGAGCCCUCUCUCCCUGAACGAUCCUGGUGUAAUAGAUCAUAGACGGAUGCUGGUCAUCAACUCCUCCUCUCCUCCUCCCCCAACCCCCCAAAUAUCUGCUGUAUAAAAAAAAAAUUACCCAUCACCAUCAAAUAUAACUUUUGCGGUCACUAAAUGCCGUACGUAACGCAACUCACAAAACUCUAUUUAAGAUUUCUGGUAUUCCUUUUCGCACCUGCUUAUUACUAAAUUAUAAAACACUGAAUAAAGUGAAUGAUUGAAUACAUCUUA